UAGAUCUUAUUGUACAAAUAAAAAAAAAUUGGAUAUUUAUAGUAGUGAAUCACGCAGUAACAAUAACAGUGUGCAAGAAGACAAGCGUUAUAAAUCACCGUACUACACAUUUUGUUGGUCAUCCAGCAUAGAGGCUGGUGAUUCAAUACUAUCAAACGGACAUAAAGGAAAAUUUCUAGCGUACAGUAGCUUUAAGUGUAAACAGCGCAUUUAGCGCCAACCAAUUCUCCGACUACUGGAGUGCCAUAGGGCUGAAAGUCCAACAUUUGCGGUCACAUAGCAAAUCAGUCAGUCAGUUUCGCGAGCAAAGUUUGGCCUACAAUUCGUUAAUUAAGUAAAUUUUUACUAUCACAACGGAAAUAGUGAGUAGUUGGUAAAAGAAAGGAUAAUACUAGUCGCCAUAGACUCCCAAGUAAUUGCACUUGCCACAACAACAACAACAACACCACCUGCACUUGCUACACACACACAAACACUCCAUCAAUAAAAUGGGUCAAACACUUUCCGAACCAGUCACAGCCAAAGAGUCUGCAUAUUGCCAAAAUGAAUUGUACCGCGUCGGUUCGAGUUGCAUGCAAGGUUGGCGCAUCAACAUGGAAGAUUCGCAUACACACAUACUUUCGUUGCCUGAUGAUCCGGGCACGUCCUUUUUUGCGGUCUACGAUGGUCAUGGUGGCGCCACAGUUGCCCAAUAUGCUGGCAAGCAUCUACACAAAUUCAUAUUAAAACGUCCCGAGUACAGAGAAAACGUCGAAAGGGCGUUAAAACAGGCAUUUCUUGACAUCGACUAUGAGAUGCUCUACAAUGAGUCAUGGGGCGAACAAAUGGCCGGCUCAACAGCCGUCGUUGUUCUUAUUAAAGAUAACCGUUUGUAUUGUGCCAAUGCUGGUGAUUCGCGUGCAAUUGCCUGCAUCAAUGGAGAGGUAGAGACUUUGUCUAUGGACCAUAAGCCAAAUAAUGAGGUGGAAACCAAACGCAUCCACGAGGGUGGCGGCUAUGUGGAAUUCAAUCGUGUAAAUGGCAAUUUAGCGCUUUCACGCGCACUAGGCGAUUUUAUAUUCAAACGCAAUGCCAAUAAGAAACCCGAGGAACAGAUCGUAACCGCCUAUCCCGAUGUGGAGACACGUGAAAUCACAGCCGAUUGGGAAUUCAUUGUGUUGGCAUGCGAUGGCAUUUGGGAUGUUAUGAGCAACAAAGAAGUCGUCGACUUCUGUCGAAAGCGUAUCGGAAUGGGCAUGUACCCGGAAGAAAUUUGCGAAGAAUUGAUGAAUCACUGUCUCGCGCCCGAUUGUCAAAUGGGCGGCCUGGGUGGCGACAAUAUGACUGUUGUGCUUGUUUGCUUUCUACACAAUAAACCAUACGAAGAGCUGAUAGCACGCUGCGCCAAAAAUACUAAUAUCAAUGGUGGCAGCGGCAACAUAACUACGUCAUCGUCCACAGAGGAAGAUCUCGAUCUAAAAUAACAAAACUUCAUUUUCAAAUUAUUCAACGCUAGUAGAACAACAGUAGCAGCGACCACAGCAGAAGCAGCAGCAGCAAUGGCAGGCAGUUCGACAGCAGGCAAUGUAAUGAACACCACCACAAUGACUCUGACUACUACUACGCGCGUUAGGAAUGUUGCUAAUGGUAAUACUAAGAAAAUUCCCAGCCAGCUAAAAAUUGCGACAAGCAUCUUUAAGAACAGUAAUUAUAUUUUUCGUAAAAUGUACAGGUUGCGUUACUUAAUAAUUGUGUUCCUUGUGUUUAUGACCUAUGCAUAUCUAUAUUUUUGUAUUUGAAAAAUUUGCGCCUUUGCUCUUGUUGCAACACUAAACACAGCACACGACACAUAUUGUCUGCAGCUAAAUUAGCAAACAGAAAUGUAACUCUUUUCAAUGAACAAAUAUGUAUCGUCGUGUAAAAUUUCCAAUUAAAAUAUUUAACUAUUUCACGAAUGUUUUUAAAUUACAGACAAUUACACCUAUACAUACACAUACACACGUGAAACACUUAACAUAGUUAAUGCAACAUAUAUGGACGAUAGUAUUGAAUGUUUUUUAUUGUUUUUUUUUGGCAUAAAUUUCGAAAAUU